UCGCAACACCGGUAGCACCGGUAGUACCGUAACUCAUCGUACUCGUAAUCCACGCGGGUAACCCCGCCAAAUAAAUCCAACCCUGGCGUACCCUCCAAAAGUUCACAACACCCCUCUGAAGCUCCAUUCCACUCAAUCACUAAAGCCUCACUCACGAUCAACCCCACUUCAAUACAUAACCCCAUUGAUUCUUACGCAGACCUCUCUUCUUCUUCUUCUUUUCCUUCCCCUCUUCUCACUCAGUAUAUUUCCAUCAUCCAUGUUCUCCCGCUUCUCUCAAUUAGCUAGACAUCUUUCUCGUCCCUUACCAAAUUACGCUCAUAAUUCUGCCGCUGCAUAUACAUUUUCAAAUAAAGUCAUGACAUCAUCAGUAUCCGCCGACGAACGUAACUCGAGAACCAUUCAUACGGCAGCAUGUUUGAUUAUUGGAGAUGAAGUACUCGGGGGAAAGGACUGGCAGACAAAUUCGGCUUAUUUUGCAAAGUUUUGCUUCAAGCAUGGAAUAAAUCUCAAGCGUAUCGAGGUUAUUGCAGAUGAUGAGGAUGAAAUCAUUGAAGCUGUUAGACGUAUGUCAAACAAUUAUGAUUUUAUAGUCACAUCUGGAGGAAUUGGUCCAACACACGAUGAUAUUACUUAUCAAUCCAUCGGAAGAGCAUUUGGACUUGAACUGAAGCUCCAUCAAGAAACUUAUGAAAAGAUGAAGAGAUUAUCUAAGCCUCAUCCAUCUCAACCAAACUUCAAUUGGGAUGAAGAUUCUCCAGCGAAGAAAGCUAAACUUCGCAUGGUGGAAUUACCAUUAGAUGAGUCUCGGGAUUUGUCAAAGCAAGUUAUAUUCCCAUGUGAAGAUCUUUGGGUUCCAGUUGCUUGUAUCAAUGGCAAUAUUCAUAUCUUACCUGGUAUCCCAAGACUUUUCGAAAGAUUGUUGGAAGGAUUGAAACCAUUUUUACUUCCUCGGUUGACAGAUCCUGAAGGCAAGGGUAUCUGUAGAGUUAUGAUUUCGACUCCCAUGUCAGAAAGUGCUGUAGCACCAUAUCUCACAGAAUUGGCUGCCAAAGUAGAACCAAAGGGUAUCAAGGUUGGAAGUUAUCCUCGAUGGGGAAAAGCACACAAUACCGUUACUUUAGUUGGAAGGGAUCAAGAAUACUUGGAAAGCUUGAUAGCUGAAGUAGAGAAGAAUGUCAAUGGACAUCGUGUCUUGAUAGAAGGAGAAGAUGAUGUGGAAGGCGAACACAAGGAGUGCGAUAUUUCUUAAAUUUUUCUCUUGCCCCAAAGCAUUUCCCUAACAAUUUCUAGAACAUCUCAAUAAGGGUUUUCCUGGUUGGAUAUUAAAUUUUGAAAUUUCCCCUCCUUUCAUCUCAUCUCUCGGGAUUCCCACCAGUCAAGGAAUCAUAGGGUAAAAGUACCGAUAGAAGCGCUGUCAGAUUAUGAAUAAUCAAGCGAUUGCGUAGACCGUUGACCGAUAACCGUUAAAAUUCUUAGAUUUUAAUAUUUUUCUCCCCUUCCCCCUGAGCCUGGGGCACAUCAAAUCAAAUCAAAUCAAAUCCAUUGUACAUAGUUUAAAUUUCUAGCCGUGCACACGUCGAAAUUCAGGGGGAAAAUUCGGCUCCCUAUCAAAGUUUUUAAGAUCAAGACCCGUUCUAAUCUGUGUAUCGAUGUUGGAUUAAAAUUAUUGUGAAUCAUGUUGCGAAUUGUCAUUUUAGAGGUUAGGAGGUUAUGGUUUUGGAUUUUGGAUUUGAGUAAGUGGAUGAGGUGUAGGUGUAGGUGUGAGAUGCGAUUUACGGGAUGAGAUUUAUAUGUGUUAUGUAUGUAUGAGCUGAAGUAUGUAUGAAUUUCCAGAAUACAGAAUACAGAGUAGGUAGUACCUAGUAGGUAUCAACCAUAUCCUAGAGUUACGAUGUAUUCUUACAUUACAUGACGCUACUCUAUGUGACUGUAAUGUGAUGUGAUGUGAUUGACGUGAUGUGAUGUGAUUGUGAUGGAAUCGGAAAUUAAUCUAUCAAUUGCUUCUAGAAGAUGGAGGGAGAGAGGGAUGGUUGGUGAGGGAGUGAGGGUCGCGAAAUGAAAAUUGGAGAUUGUUCGAGAGGAGAUUGAUUGGAGUGAGGGUUUGGGAAUUGGGUGGAUGGGUGGAUGGGUGAGUGGGUGUUUGAAUGGGUGUUUGGGUGGGUGUUUGGGCUCUGGGAGAGGUGAUGUGAAAUGAGAUGGGAUGGGAUGAGGGAAGG